CUACCUCCGCCGCUUCUGCUCCUCUGCGCUCGGCUCGGCUCGGCUCCGCUCCGUUGAGCUCCGUCGGCUGUGCUCCAUCUGCACCGUUCGGUGCUCAGGCGCGGGCCGCCAUGAGGCUGCGGGGUCGCGGCCCGCGGGCCGCCCCCUCCUCCAGCUCAGGGGCAGGCGACGCGCGGCGGCUAGCGCCCCCGGGGCGGAACCCCUUCGUGCACGAACUGCGGCUGAGCGCCCUGCAGAAGGCCCAGGUGGCUUUUAUGACGUUAACGCUGUUCCCCAUCCGGCUCCUGUUUGCUGCUUUCAUGAUGCUGCUGGCCUGGCCCCUUGCACUCGUGGCCUCCCUGGGACCGCCUGAUAAGGAGCCAGAGCAGCCCAUGGCCUUGUGGAGGAAGGUCGUGGACUUCCUGCUCAAGGCCAUCAUGCGCACCAUGUGGUUUGCUGGCGGCUUCCACCGAGUGGCUGUGAAGGGGCGGCAGGCCCUGCCUGCUGAGGCUGCCAUCCUCACCCUGGCACCACAUUCCUCCUACUUCGAUGCCAUCCCUGUCACCAUGACCAUGUCCUCCAUUGUGAUGAAGGCGGAGAGCAGAGACAUCCCAAUCUGGGGAACCCUGAUAAGGUACAUUCGACCUGUGUUCGUGUCCCGGUCUGACCAAGACUCUCGAAGGAAAACAGUGGAGGAGAUCAAGCGACGAGCACAGUCGGAUGGAAAGUGGCCUCAGAUAAUGAUUUUUCCAGAAGGAACAUGUACAAAUAGGACCUGCCUCAUUACCUUCAAACCUGGUGCAUUCAUUCCUGGAGUUCCUGUCCAACCUGUGGUGCUACGCUACCCAAACAAACUGGACACCAUCACAUGGACGUGGCAAGGACCUGGAGCGUUGAAAAUCCUAUGGCUCACUCUGUGCCAGUUUCAAAACCAAGUGGAAAUCGAGUUCCUGCCCGUGUAUUGCCCUUCUGAGGAGGAGAAGAGGAAUCCUGCCUUGUAUGCCAGCAAUGUGAGGCGUGUCAUGGCCAAGGCCCUGGGUGUCUCGGUAACCGACUACACAUUUGAGGAUUGCCAGCUGGCUUUGGCAGAAGGACAGCUCCGUUUGCCUGCUGACACCUGUCUGCUGGAGUUUGCCAGGCUCGUGAGGGGCCUCGGACUGAAACCAGAAAAUCUGGAAAAAGAUCUAGACAGAUAUUCAGAGAGUGCAAGGAUGAAGAGGGGAGAGAAGAUUGGGCUCGCAGAGUUCGCAGCCUACUUGGAGGUUCCUGUCUCAGAUGCACUGGAGGACAUGUUCUCACUGUUUGAUGAGAGCGGUGACAGUGAGAUAGACCUUCGUGAAUAUGUGGUCGCCUUGUCCGUGGUGUGCAGGCCAUCCCAGACCCUGGCCACCAUCCAGCUGGCAUUCAAGAUGUAUGGAUCACCUGAGGACAGCAGCAUAGACGAGACCAGCCUGUCCUGCAUCCUCAAGACUGCGCUGGGUGUGUCAGAAUUAACAGUGACUGACUUGUUCCAGGCUAUUGACCAACAGGAGAAGGGAAGAAUCACGUUUGAUGAUUUCUGUAGGUUUGCAGAAAUGUACCCUGACUUCGCGGAGGACUAUUUGUACCCUGACCAGACACAUUUCGACAACUGUGCACAGACACCCCCAGCAGCAACUCCCAAUGGCUUCUGCAUUGACUUCAGCCCUGAAAACUCAGACUUUGGGAGAAAGAAUUUUUGUAAGAAAGUGGACUAGAAUGGAAGACCCUGGCGGGAUGAGGCCCCUCCCACAUCACCACCUGCCUCCAGCCGUCUGGAGCCUGUUUGUGGAACACAUCAUCUGCGUUUCCCUGUCUUCUCACGCCGUGUCUGUAUGCCCGCAGACCCGAGGCCCAAAAGACCUGUGAUACGUUUCUUUUCUGUCUCAGGGCGCAGCUGGGCAUUUGCAGGGAAGCUGUGUACACAUCCCACCUGCCGAUCGCAGGCAGGCAGGCAGGCAGGCGGGCG